AUGGCAAUGCCUCACGAACCGCCAGCCGCCGCGCUCAACGGCCAUCUGCAAUCACCGCCCAUGACGCCCACUCCUGAUACACAUAGUCGCUUCCCACUCCCUACAUACAAAACCUCUCCGGUCCACAGGCGCACCAGCAACUUCGUGCAGACACCUCCAUUGGAGUACAUCGAACCGACCGGACACGACUAUCACUUCAGCUUCACCCGGCCACAGUCAUGCGAGCCAUCUUCUCGUCUAUCGUCAGAGUCUGACCGUGCUUACCCAGCAACAACUCUGGAAGGAUCUGACACUGAUAGCGAAUUUGACGAGGACAACGAGUCGGAUGAAGAAUGUGAACAAGAAGAUGAAAGGCCAAUGCGCCGGACAGAGAGUGCCCAGUUUGUACUCGAAGAACUGGAUGACGAUCCAGGCUACGACUGUGACGUAGAGGUUGUACGACCAGACCAUUUCGAAGACGCAAAAAGCGAUCGAAGCGGCACAAAAGCAGAAAUAUUCGCGAGAAUGAAUGAGUUGCAACUCCAAGAAGAUUCCUCAGAUGACGAGGAAAGGGAGCGCAUAUAUCUCAAAAAGAAGAAACGAUGGAGUGCAGGCAUCUUCAAGCGCAGCCACAGCCAGAGCGUCGAAGGAGACAGCGACUACUCCGAUAACGACCCUCUCGACGACUUGGACCAGAACGCUCGCCGCCUGCGACGCCGCGUUCGCGGGCCUAGAAGGGGCUCACUCAUCUUCGAAGAUAGGGGCGUUUCAAAUACCAAUAAUAUCGCGGAAGUUGAAGAACCCGAUGAAGGGACAACGGUGCCACACUGGAAGGGUCCGCCGUCCAUUCCUAGUGAUGAUGGCUUUACGCUGGAUGAACUCCCGUUCUGGAAGGAGCAGAAUAUGAUGGAUGUCGAGUCUGAGUCCGAACAGGUGUCAGAAUCACGAUUUACGUAA